GGGGAUGGUGGCAGACCAAGGUAGUGGCCACCUCUGCCUUGAGGGAUCGCUCUUACCCUGGCCUGCCUGCAGGUCCCGUUGGGGUGGUGGCAGCCCCCCUGGCCAUCUCAGCUGGUCUGGGGCUGUCAUUGUCAUGACUCCACACCAUCUCCCAGCCAGGCCCACAGAAAAGUCCCUUCCCGCUGUGGACCUGCACCCGUAUGUUCCACUGUACUGGUUCUAUCUCCUCACACUUACAGUCCCCACCUCUGCUGUGCCCAUCCCACCUUGCUAGUGCCACCUGGAAAGGUGUUUGCUGCAGGUGUCCAUCCCAGGCUUUCUCAACCUCCACGUCUCAACAAAUCUCUCCUUCAGUGUCCAUGUAGCUGUGCCAUGCACUGAAUUCCCACUGAUCCCACUGUGAGAGGGUGGAAUGAUGAGAGGGUGUCCUUGUGUAUGUGACAUUGUCACACAGUGGGUCUGGAGGAGGAAAUGGAGCUGUCCCAGUGUUGAAGGAGCUCUGGUGGUUCAUUGUACUCAUCGUCAGCCUGGGGGAUGAUCUCCUCAGAGGUCGUGGAGUUAUAGAGUAUGACAAGUUGGAAGGGAUCUGGCAGAACUGUUGAAGUCCAGCUCGUGACCCUGCACAGGAUGCCCCAAGAAUCUCACCAUGAUUGUGAAAAAGUUGGGAAGCAGCUGGCACAGGGAAGGGGCAAUGGGAGGCUUUGGGUUCAGCUUCUACAGCUCUGGGGAUCUCCACGUUCCCAUCCUUAACUCCUCGGGCCCAGGUGCCCUUUGCUCGCUACCUGGCCAUGAACAAGAUCACCAAGAUGAAGCGCUACCACGUCGCCAAGGUGUACAGGAGGGACAACCCGGCCACCACCCGCGGCCGCUACCGCGAGUUCUACCAGACUUUGACAUUGCUGGGCAGUUUGACCCGAUGAUUCCCGAUGCCGAGUGCCUGAAGAUCGUGCACGAGAUCCUGAGUGACCUGCAGCUCGGGGACUUUGUCAUCAAGGUCAACGACCGUCGGAUCUUGAAUGGUGUGUUUGCUGUCUGUGGUGUUCCAGAGAGCAAGUUCAUACCUGCCUGCUGCACCGUGGACAAGCUGGACAAGGUGCCAUGGGAAGAAGUGAGGAGUGAGAUGGUGGGAGAGAAGGGGCUCUCUCCCGAGGCUGCGGAUCGCAUCGGGGAGUAUGUCCAGCUCCACGGUGGGCUGGACCUGAUCGAGCAGCUUCUCCAGGACCCAAAGCUGUCCCAGAACAAGGUGGCCAAGGAAGGGCUGGGGGACAUGAAGCUGCUGUUUGAGUACCUGACCCUGUUUGGCAUCACAGGGAAGAUCUCCUUCGACCUGAGCCUGGCGCGGGGCCUGGACUAUUACACGGGGGUGAUCUUUGAGGCUGUGCUGCUGCAGCAGGAGAAGGAGCACGUGGAGGAGCCGGUCAGCGUUGGGAGCGUGGCUGGGGGCGGCCGCUAUGACGGGCUGGUGGGCAUGUUUGAUGCCAAGGGCCGCAAGGUGCCCUGUGUGGGGGUCAGCAUCGGCAUCGAGCGCAUCUUCUCCAUCCUGGAACAGAGACUGGAGGCUUCUGGGGAGAAACUUCGAACAACUGAGACCCAAGUGCUGGUGGCUACACCGCAGAAACACCUGCUUGCUGCCAGAAUGAAGCUCAUCUCCGAGCUGUGGGAUGCAGGGAUCAAGGCAGAGAUGCUGUACAAGAAGGAUCCUAAAUUGCUGAAGCAGCUGCAGUAUUGUGAGGACACAGGGAUCCCCCUCGCUGCCAUUGUGGGAGAGCAGGAGCUGGCAGAUGGAGUUGUCAAGCUGCGAGAUGUUGCAACAAGAAAGGAGGUUAAUAUCCCCAGAGAAAAGCUGAUUGAUGAGAUCAGGAGAAGGCUGGAGCCCUGAGGACUCCCCUGGCUGGAGCUGCUUGGCAGAGCUGCUGCACAGCUGGAGCCCUGCAGCGCCCUCAGCCCCUCCCUGCAGCUGCGGCCUGCUGACAUCCACUGGCCUAAGGCUCAUUGCCUCGGCUCGGGCAGUGAGAACUGAGGAGUAAGACGGUUUGAAAGGCUAUGGACGGUGCAGUCACCAGGUUAACCUGAUGGUUAGCUUCUCUGAAGGCCAAGUUCGUGGGUUCCUAAUCCUGCAGUCCCUGUACAGCCAUUUCCGUCACCCUAGGUGGUGGUGGCACAGAUGGAUGCGGUGAAGCUCAAGCAGGAUCAGGUGGAAUCCGGAUUUGGGAGGGGGAAUCCGUGGUGUGUUGGGCACCUGCCGGCUCAGGCUGGGGGGCAGUGGAAGGGCACCCCCGCCCCGUUCGGGCAGCGGGGCCGGGCGCUGCCGGCGGGCGCGGAGCUGCGGCAGCGCCCUGGAGGAGGUUGUGUCCCAUCACCGGCGGCAGCAGCCGCGCGGGCCGGGGCGCGCGUGGCAACACUGUAUUUUUCUAUAUUAAACAAAAACCCCGAUAA